AUAAAAUGUUCUUUGCCUAAGGAAGCAUAUGAUCAAAGGCAGAGAUGCCAUAGAUCGUUAUUUGGCCAUGCAUAUCAAAGGAUUGUCAAAACAAGAGGCUGCUGCUUACCGGAAUUCAUACAAGAAGAACAUCUGCAUAGACAUGCUGCGACAGGGUUAUCACAAGUCUUUCGCCGAGCUCUUUACUCUGAUAGAGAAUUGGAAUGCCUUGAGGGAGGCUUCAGGGCCUGGGUCAGCCAUAUGGCUGGAGAAGUCCCUAGAGGAGCAGCCUGAUAAGCUGGAUCAGCUUCACUACUUCCUGACCAGGGCUGAGGCAGCCCAGCGAUCAGAAUACUAUGAAGAAAUGUACAUUAACCAACUCAGUUUGGCCUAUUGCUUCAACAAACCUGAAGACAGGUGGUUAAGGAAUUACUUCUAUGAACAAUGCUAUAAAACUGCUCAACUGAUUAUAAUUGAUGGUGGGAAGAGAGAAGCUGAAGCACAUUCAAAUAUGGGCCUUGUUUAUGAGGAACAAGGUCAUUUCCUGAAAGCUGUAGAACAUUAUGAAGCAUUCUAUCAACUGACAGUGGGACGGGUAUGGAAAGAUGAUACAGGCCGGACUUUCACUUCGCUAGCCUGUGAGCAUCUCUGGAGAAUUUACACAUUACUAGCAGACAAAAUGCUAGAAAAUAAAGAACACCACCAAGCCAUCAAAACUCUAAUAAAAGCUUUUGAAAUGGCAAAAGAAGCAAAUGAUAAGAAGAUGGAAGGAGAAGCUGCCUACUGUUUAGCUCUAACAUAUCAUUCAAUUGGAGAUAAAAAGACAGCUGUAUUGAACCUAAAUACCUACCUGGAAAUAUCCAAAAUGCUGGGAGACUAUACUGGUCUAGCGAGGGCAUUCCAAGCUUUAGCCCAGGUCCUCUUAAGUCUGGGAGAUGUGGAUGAAGCUAUUAACUACAUGGACAAGUUUAUGUAUAUUGCCAAGAAAGUUCAGCUGAGCCAAAACCUGGUGGAUGCAUGUACAUUUCUUGGAAACAUUUACAAUGAGAGAGGGAACUACACAAAAGCCUGUGAAUAUUUUGAUCAGGCAUUCAGUACAGCAAAUGCUCUUGCUGAUGUGACCCUAGUGGAUGAAACAAAGGUAUAUUGUGGCAUUGGAAAAGCGCACAACAUGAUGCUGAAAGUUAAUGGUCGUACAGAAGCUGCGGAUAACAACAGCAUCAAGUACCUGCUGGCCUGGAAGGAGAACAGAAGUGACAUGUGCACUGACCCUUUUACAGUUGACUUUAUGAAGCUGAAUCCAUUAGGGGCUGAGUCAAAGUGUAAUGAAAUAAAGGCAACAACUGACAUGAUGGAAACCCUGGAUUAGGUUUCCUGCUAGUCAAAGCUCAGCUGUCAUGGCCUGCGUGUCAAGUUAGGAGUCUUUGGGGAGGCUCCUGAGUACAUGUGGAUGUGGUGUGUGUGUGUGUGGUUUUUUUGCGGCUGCAUUACAGCAGUUCUCUAAAGCAGGCAGGAAUUACAUAGGAAAACAAAAAUUAAGAAUUAAACAGAGCUGCUCAAAGCAGUUCAGUGGAGAAAACUGUAUUUGGCCAUACAGUCCUUUUCUAGCCUGCCAGUUCGCUAUCAUCUGCCUAGCAGUUUUGCUUUGUGUUCUUCCAUGCCUGAGAGUAUAGACUACAUGAAAAAGAAACUGCUUUGCAGAAUGCAGAGCACACUAGGCUGGUUGUACACUAGAAUUAUUACCAGAAUUCAGCGUAAAGGAAUGCCAGUCUGCAGACAGGUGCCCAGUGCUUUAAAUAUACUGGAUUGUUCACAAUAUAAUCCAUUUGUAGAACCUGUCCAGGACCAUGCCUGAAAACUGCAGUUUUGGGGUUCUGCCAGCUGCAAGAUGUCUGAAUCUUGACCUGAUUCAGGCCAGAAUUCAUAUUUUUCCUCCUAUGAGACAAUCUUAGAUGGUGGUCCAGACUGGUUCCUGAUGUGAAAGUUGAGAAGGCUGACACAUUCACUUUGCAUAUAAUGGAUAGUGUACUGUGUAGGGCUCUGGGUUUGAGUGCUGAAGAUGGAUAUGCCAAAAGGAUGGUGGCACAGACUUGGAGAAUUAAAGCAGCCCUGUACAAAAUAUUUAGCCCACCUACACAUACAAGAUAGGGUAUCCCAAGGAGGGAUAGGAAGUCCUGCUUCUCACUUAAGAAGCAUUGUUACUCACUCGCAAGUGAACAAAUUAAAAUGAAAUCUGAAUUCAGUAAAAAAAAUAAAAUAAAACCUCCAGUUGCUACAGGACAUGACUCUGCUGUCCCCUUGCGAACAUAAAAUGUGAAAUGACACACUACUUAUCAAGAGAUCAGCACAGAGAAUUCUGGUCAUCUUUAAAUGGCUGUUUUUUGGUCCGUCCUAGGCAACCACUCAGGGGCGGCCCAAGGUACUGUGGCAUCUGAGACAAGGUGCCAAACACUGCCUUCAACCACAACCCUGGUGUGGGCCAGUCCACUUUCAAAACUGAACCUUGCAAGCUUUGAACAUAGCACAGAGGGCAGAGAGGAGAGAAGGUUGCCAGCAGCUUCCUUUUUUCUCCUUGAACCUUUUGCAAGCUCUGAAAGGAGUUUGAGGAGAGGCCGGCCUUGCAAAAAUCAGAUCAGCCCUGAAGAGUUACUCUGAUGCUGGUAGAAGGAGAUGUUGCUGCCGCCCUGCUGAUGACCCAGUAAUCUGCCACCUGACAUGACUGUCACACCUUGCCUAAUGAAAGAACCACCCCUGCAAUCACUCUAAAGUGUUACGUCUUCAGUUGCCAUUACCAGAAGCAGCAGGACACUCUCGGACAUUAUUUCCCUUGCAGACAAAGCUUCCAUGGAAACUAUGGAGUUUUGGAGGUAUUGCUUUUCCUCUCUUCUCCCUCGGUGGAGACUACAUGCCCAUUUUCAUUUCCUGUCCAUAUUAGGAAAGAGGGCUAAUUGGUACUGCUAAGAAAAUGAUCCCACACUGCAAAAAUGAAUGGAUACCAAUGGAACAAUUGGAUAGCAUCAAAAGGUGCCUUUUUCCUCCCUAAAGAGCUUACCUGCAGGAAAACCAACUCUUUUGUAAGGUUCAGUGACAGGAACUCUGCUCUGCUCUGAAAGCAUCAGAGCCUUCAACCUGCUUUCCCCACACUUCCUUACCCUGAAGGGAUGCACUUAAGGCUAAUGCUCCUUAAAAGCUUUAAAGCAAAACUCUGGCCUUACAGAAAAUCUCCCUGGCAUCCUGUUUGUUGCAGAUGCAUUGCUGAAUUUUCUCUGCUUUGCUGCUUCAGUUCUGUGGCCAGAAGAUACCUUUUGCUCAGAUCUUGGAAAGACCAGUUUCUAAGCAGAAAACAGUAUGAUGUCUACAAUCUCAUAUGGCAAACAGUUCAUGAGCCACUAAAGGCAGUAUCACUGAAAUUGCCACAGCAAAUGUUUCUAGCUUCAAAAGGGCACCAGCAUGAAGUCUAUUCAUGAACUAAAGGCAAACACAAGCAUCCUGUGGCAGGAAGAAUGCAGGAUCUGAUUUUAGAAGAGACUUGUGUAGUAAAUUCUCCAGAAUUUUCCACAAAAGAGAGGUCUCUGUUGGUGUGGAGGAAUCCGGUGUGGUGACCCCAAACCUAUUCCUAAUAUUAAGAUUUUUUAAAACACAGAAACUUGAAGUUGAAUGUAUCUAGCUUGAAUGCUUUUAAUAGCUGUGCUUCCAAAAACACAAUUCAGAAAUUUAGCAACCAGUAGAAAACUUAUGAGGUGUAUUUAUCCAGCCUUUGUCUUAGAGCAAGACAGCGUGAGG